AUGCCCGCUGGACAGGCUGGGUGCUUCUACGACCAGUUGGGCCUGCACACAGCUGUCAAUGCGACCACCAGAGGGGCACCGGAGCGAGAAGCAGACCUUCCUGGUCCAAAGCGCCAUUGCGCAGCAUCGCCAUGUGGUGAACAAAGCAAUGCCUCACCGGAAGCUACAUCGACUCAAGCCCACGCGAAGAAUCCAGCCGGCGACGUGUGGAAGCCCAUCGGCUCUGGAAUUCCGCUCCACAAGCUCGGUGCCUUUCCAAUCGCAGAGGGCGAGUUGCAGAUCUUUGUCAGGGUGGUCCCCGCCCCGCCACCCUUUUCGCACACCGGUGGCUUUCAGGACGCGAAGAAGGACUUGAAGGAGUUGGCUGUCGACGAAGACAAGACCUUCGGGGAGGGCCCCUCUUCCUGCGGCAGACCGAAGCGAGGCCGCAGCAGCCAGGACCUGUCCGCACAGAAGCCCCGAAGGUUAGAGUUCAGUGCCAAGAAGUCCGGUGCCAGUCGCGGUGCAACCGACAGUCCGGGCCAGAAGUCCAGCGACGAAGGCUCCUCCGACGACGGAGGUUCGGACGCAGAGGAUCUUGACAUCUUCCACGGCAAGUAUGCCACGGGGCGAGGAUCUGCUCAGAAGGCGAGCAAGGAGCCUGGUGCGAGUGCUGCAGGAGAAGAACGGGCGAAUGAAGAGUUCCCUCCCUCGGACAUCGAGCCCGAGGUGCCGGAUGAGGAAGCGCCGGGCAGUGGGGCUGAGGAGCCAGACGAGGAAAUGGAGCCCUUCUCGGCUGUGCCUCUUUCCGUUCGCAAGCAGAUCAAGACUUUGGAGCCCAAGCUCUUGGAUGCUUUGCCUGCCAGCCUCCAGAAGCACUCCCGGUUGCAUUACUCGGUGCUGGACGAUUUGGUUCAUCUUAUCGCGAUCUUGAUCGCAGAAGACAUCCGCACGUUCCCAGACGCCGCGGAUAGCAUUGGCUGCAUCGAAGGGAAAGCGAGCACUUCGCAACUGGCCCAAGGCUUUGCAGGAGCCGGUUGGGUGUUACUGUCAAGGGUCCCCGGCCAGACAAAACACAUUCCUCCCUGCAGGAUUUGGCAUUGCAAAGCAGCAAAAACCCCGAGCUUCCUGCUGACAGCAAGUGAAAGCUCUUGA